AUGGCGGCGUCCCUGGGACGAUUUGGAUGUGUUUCUCGUUGUGUUUUUUAUCUUAUUUUGUCGGUCGAACUGUUUAUCAGUUAUGGAUUGAGUUCAGACUUGCCAUGUGCCCAGAACUGUACCUGCAACGGAGACUCUGUGGACUGUAGUAAUCUGGAGCUGACAGCUACGCCUCUGGACCUUCCCGUCCGGACUGUUUCCUUAAAUCUCGGCCACAACAAGCUGUCCGCCAUCAAUGUUGAAGCUUUUGACAACCUUCCCAAUUUGAGAGAGCUGCGGCUGGACCACAAUGAGCUGACCUCCAUACCAGAUUUAGGACACGCUGCUUCCAAGAUUGUAUCUCUCUAUCUACAUCAUAAUAAGAUCCGCAGCAUAGACGGCAGGCGGACCAGAGGGCUGGUUUCUUUGGAAACCCUGGACCUGGGCAAUAAUGACAUCACUGAGCUCAGAGGGCAGUGCUUUCCCGCGGGCCUCCAAAUCAGAGACCUGUACCUGAGCAACAACAAGAUCAGCGGGUUGGAGCUCGGCGCCCUGGACCAUCUGGGCUCAACUCUUCAGGUCCUGAGACUGAGCCGAAACCGCAUCAGCCAGAUCCCCGUGAGAGCCUUCCAGCUCCCAAGGCUCACGCAGCUUGAGCUGAACAGGAACCGUAUUCGUCAGGUGGAGGGUCUGACCUUCCAGGGUUUGUCCAGCCUGGAGGUACUAAAACUGCAAAGAAACAGCAUCAGCAAACUGACUGACGGGGCCUUCUGGGACCUGGCCAAGAUGAAAGUCCUUCACCUGGACUACAACAGCCUGACAGAGGUGAACAGUGGCUCCCUGUACGGCCUGACCUCCCUUCAGCAGUUAUUCCUCGGUAACAACUCGAUAGCCCGCAUCAACCCUGACGGAUGGAAGUUCUGCCAGAAGCUGAGAGAACUGAAUCUGUCGUACAACAACUUGACUCGCCUGGAUGAAGGCAGCCUGGCUGUGCUGGGGGAUCUCCACGCUCUCCGUCUGGGCCACAACUCCAUCAACCACAUCACCGAGGGAGCCUUCAGAGGCCUCAAGGCCGUACGCAUCCUGGAGCUGGACCAUAACGACAUCUCGGGGACAAUAGAGGACACCAACGGGGCCUUCUCUGGGUUGGACAGCCUGAACAAGCUGACUCUGUUUGGAAACAAGAUCAAGUCGGUGGCCAAGAAAGCCUUCUCUGGCCUUGAGACCCUGGAACACCUGAACUUGGGAGAUAAUGCUAUUCGUUCCAUCCAACCCGAUGCCUUCAGUAAAAUGAAGAACCUCAAAACCCUUGUCAUUCAGAGCGACAGCUUCCUGUGCGACUGCCAGCUCCACUGGCUGCCCGAGUGGUUGGUGACACGUGGUUUGCAGGUCGGGGUCAACGCCACCUGUGCCCACCCGGAGAGCCUUAAGGGCACCAGCAUCUUCCAGGCUCCAUCCAGCAGCUUUGUGUGUGACGACCUUCCAAAGCCCCAAAUCACAGUGCAGCCAGAAACUACAGUGACGGUCCUCGGCAGCGACGUUCGUCUCACCUGUACUGCCGCGAGCAGCAGCUCCUCCCCCAUGACCUUUGCAUGGCGAAAGGACCAGGAGCCACUUCGCCACGCAGAGACGGAGAACUACGCCCACGUGCGCGCUCACCACCAAGGCACAACGACUGAUGCGCCGGGUGCAGUCGGAGGCGUGAUGGAGUACACCACUAUCCUGCACCUGCGGCACGUCACCUUCGCCCACGAGGGCCGUUACCAAUGUAUCAUCACCAACCACUUUGGCUCCACCUACUCCAGCAAAGCCCGCCUCAUUGUCAAUGUUCUCCCGUCCUUCUUGAAGACCCCCCGGGACAGCACCAUCAGGACGGAUACGGCACGGCUGGAGUGCGCGGCAGAGGGCCACCCAGUACCGCAGAUCGCCUGGCAGAAGGACGGCGGCACGGACUUCCCUGCUGCUCGGGAGCGCCGGAUGCACGUCAUGCCCGACGACGACGUGUUCUUUAUCAUGGACGUGAAGCCGGAGGACAUGGGUGUGUACAGCUGCACAGCCAAAAACACAGCGGGCACCGUAUCGGCCAACGCCACCCUCACCGUGCUGGAAACACCCCACCUGGCCCAGGACCUGGAGGACCGCAGCGUGGUGGUCGGGGACACGGUGGCCCUGCAGUGUAAGGCCCUGGGCAGCCCGCCGCCUCGCAUCACCUGGCUGCGCAACGACCAGCCGCUGCGCCCCUCUGACAGACACCACUUCACCCCGGGGAACCAGCUGCUGGUCAUCGGCUCCGCCUCGCUGGAGGACGCCGGCCGCUACACCUGCCUCAUGUCUAACACCCUGGGUACCGAGCGUGCUCACAGCCAGCUGGUGGUGACCGGGCGGCGCAGCCCCUGCACACCGCAGGUGGGGCCGAGCACGGUGACUAUAGGGAUCAUAGUCAUCGCCGUGGUGACGAGUAUCGUGGUGACGUCGCUGGUGUGGGUGUGCAUCAUCUACCAGACCAGGAAGAAGAGCGAGGAGUGCAGUGUCACCAACACAGAUGAGACGAUAGUUCCUCCAGACGUUCCCAGCUACCUCUCCUCCCAGGGCACUCUGUCCGAACGGCAGGAUGUGUGCAUCCGCAUGGAGGCCGGUGGCGGACCUCAGCCCAACGGACACGUCGUGGACACAGCAGGUUUCGACAGCGCAGUAGUGUGUACGGAUUGUAUGGAGAAUGGCAGCAGCUACUCCAAAGAUCCUGACUACCUGGGACACGGAUUUGGACCCACUGGAGGCAUGGAGUACCAGCAACACGUCGCUCCCCCGCCCUACUCUCACUGUUAUCCAGGGGAGCAGCACUCGACCCCGCUGUGCAACGGAACACCCAACGGGAUGCGAAAGGACAUUCAGGGAUCCACGCUUCCAAAAAACCACGACACGUUACAACUGAACCUCCAUGAUAGAAAAGCAAGCAGAGCGGGUCAAGCACCGGCGCUCUCUCCAUCACAGGAGGACUCCUUCCACAAGCCGGUGAAGCUGGACGCCGUGACGAGCCAUGGAGGCCUCGACAGUGACUGUGAGCCUGAGUUAAGGCAGACUCUGCUCUCUAACGGACACACCCUCAGAGCCUCUCAGAAUGAGAGCGCCCCCCUAAGGAGAGCCAGCGACUAGCAGGCGCUCCAUCCAGCCCAAAAUGUUGGACUCGCAGUAGCUGAGUGGGCUAAACAUGUUUGUUUUUUUUUGUUUUCUUUUGCACUGGGAAAGUAACUGCUACCUCAUAUCGAGGCGAUUGAUCCUGAGCCUCCUGGAUCUGGACUGAAAGGGAGCACCAGGAAGGGGGAAAAGGCAGGGGGCAUCCGGAGUUUGAAGGUGGAGCUUGUGUGGGUGGCGUCCCAUCUGAGCGUAUCAGCUGUACAUAGUUAAAAACCUUUCUUUGGGAGGUGACCAAUAAAAGUUCUAGCUCCAAAAAAAUGUGACUUGCAUUUGAAGCAUGUAAAUGUAGGGAAUCUUGUACAGUAUGUGUAUGUGCAAGUGGGGAGAAAAAAAGAGGAAUAUACCUUUUGGACAUUUGACUGUACAUAAGAGUUUUCUUAUAUUAUAUAUUAUAUAACUUUUACAAAAGAGUAUUUGAAUUUAUGUGCAUGACAAAGAAAGGAGUGAUGGUAUUUUUAUUUUUCUUCAACAAAAAAAAAAACAAAAAACAGCCCUUUUCAGCUUUUACCAACAUUCAGCUGCGGUGCCUUAUUGCAUGAUCAAAGAAAACUCAACUUGUAAUAGCAUAUACCCAGAAACUUUUUGUGAGAGAUACUGGUACACUCUUUAUAGCAAACAAAACAAACACUUGAUUGCACUUGAAUGUUUUUUUUUUCUCUGCCAACCAUGGCCUUACAGAAACACAACUCACGUUCAUUGUAAUUGUAUGAAGGAAGAGCUUUGAUGUCAAUUAUUUUUGGUACGUCAGAUGUUUUCAAGCUGGGAUAUUUGUGGGGGCACUCAGUUAAAGCACUUUUUUUAUAUUCACUUCAUAAACAAGCAAGAUUGUGUACCUGCCAGUAGGAAUGCGGGGAAAACCUCCUGUGUGAGGAGACAUUCCACUUGUUCCGACGCGGUAAAGUCGACAGUACGUGCUGUACCAUUAAGGCUCUUCCACCUGUUUCACAAUACUACAAGUUACUGCGAAGCUGCUCUGAUCCAGUUUGGGAGAAAAUAUUCUUCUGUACUCCAAGAAAAUUACUUUUGGCUCAAGUUUGCAACCAGAUGUGGUCAAAUGUAGGCUAACAGCUGUUUUGUAAGCUAGUUGUGUGUUCUUGGUCACAUUCAUAAUGUGGAAUGCUUAAUUAUACCUUUCUCAUGCUAUGAAUUCAAGAAAGACGGAGAAUCAGGGAGAAUGAUGUCGUGUCAUCAUGUUACUGCUGUAAUGUGCCUCAACAUCCACCGUUGUGCAUUUAAACGGCCAGUAUUCUGCCUCUGUCACAUCACCACAGUGUAACAAGGACAUUUGUACAUCAUCACUACAGUUAGAAUAAGGUUGUUGUUUUUUUUUUAGAGGUAACUCAAAAGGUGCAGGUUCAUGCUGUGAACAGCGGGGGCGGGGGGGCUUGUGAAAUUUGCUCUAACCAAACAUGGAGGUUUAAUGCAGUCAACCGUCGUGAUCCCCUGAUACACUGGCUCAGAAAUCAGUCAAAGUAUUUUCAUAGUCUAAUGUAUGCAUGCGUUUCGCCAGCGUGCCCUCGUCUGAGCUGUGUUCUGGUACCAGUGGCCUUAUCAAGGUAAACUGGAGGACACGCUCCUCUGGUUACACCUGAUAGCACCUAUCAGAGAUGAUUUUUUUUUUA